GCAGUGGUCAAGGCUCUGCGUCAAGUGGUAUCCGAUAAAGAUCCUGCCUUGUGGGAUGACCUUGUGCGGGCAAUGGAUGACGGUCUCAACGCCCGCGAGGCGUCGCUACUGCACGACGAGCUGCGAGACGAUGACAGUCUGACUGUGGUAGAAGAAGGCGACGCCCAGCAACAGUUCUUGCUGCGGUUGUCGCAAGAAGUGGCCGCCAUUACAGGCCUCACCCUGGACGCCGUCCUGGAAAGCGCCGGCGAGGCGCACGCUUCCUCCACCCUGGACUGGCACGGCAACGCGCUGCGCUUCUUGGGCGGCUCGCUGGCCGACUUCCUCGUCAACCUCGAGUCGCUGCACGUUGUCCUCGAGCGUGCCGGCCUGCCCUUGCGGGGCGGCCGUCUCAGCGGAGUGCGCGAGGAGCACGGCCGCCUCGUGCUCCAGUGCGCGUCCAGGGGCGAGCCGAUGCUCAGGCUACUCGCGGGCUCGCUGCGCCGGCUCGCCUCGCAGCUCUUCCGGCUCAACGUGCGCGUCAGCGUCGCCGGCUCCAAGGCGCAGCAGGCCACGCUCGUCCUGCAGCCGGAAGGGAGCCCGGCGCUGUCGCUGUCGGCGCCUGCCGGUGGCGUGGCGGCUGCUCCCGUGGCCAGCGCCAACCCGGAGGACCUGGCCGUGUCCGUGGCGACCUUCUGCCGGGCGUUCCCGUUCCACUUCAUGUGCGACCGGCAGCUGAAGCUGACGCAGCUCGGCAUGGGGCUGGCGCGUAUCUUCGGCGGCCGCGGCCGGGCGAGCACGCUGCCGGCUCUGUUCACGUUUGUCGAGCCCCGAAUUGAGAUGCGCUUCGACCACGUGGUGGCCAACAUCAACCUGCCGUUCCUGCUGCAGGUGCGCGACGACGCCAUCAAGCACGAACGGUACAAG